AUGAAGGAAGAGAUCGCGAAAGUGAUAAAAGAACUUGAUUACUCUUCAGAAGAGGUGGGGCUGAAGUAUGAAAAUUUAUGCAUUUAUCUAGAUUUGGACCUUCCAGAAAGGUUCAAAAUGCCAAAGUUCGUCACUUUUAAUGGAACUGGAAAUCCUCUAGCACAUCUUAAAGCUUAUUGUGAUCAACUCGUGGGAUUUGGCAAGAACGAAGAAUUUUUGAUGCGCCUCUUCAAUCGAAGUCUAAAUGGAGAAGCUCUAGAGUUAUUUAAAUUGCAAGAAUUAAAACAAUGGGCGAGUUGGAAUGCACUCGCAAAGAAUUUUGAUGAAACAUUUGGACAUAACGUAGAAUCGGCCCCUGAUCGCUACUAUUUGGAGAAGAUCAAACAGAAGAUUUCAGAAAACUAUCGAGAGUACACUCUUCGUUGGAGAAAAAAAGUUGCAAGAGUUCAACCUCCUAUGUUUGAACGUGAAAUCUCUGAAAUGUUUAUUCGGACUCAAAAGCCUGAGUACUAUGAGAGAAUGUUGUGA